AGCCAGCUGCUCGGUACGGUCAUCACUUGCCUCACAGCACCACAACAACAAUCAUGAUCCGUCGGGUGUUCGCCAUCGUUGUUCUGUGCCUGGCUGUUGCCUCUGUCAGCUGUAGUGGAGGAUACGGCGGUGGAGGUUUGGGAGGAUUUGGUGGUAGUGGAUUUAGCGGUGGAGGAUUUGGCGGCGGUAGAGGAUUUGGCGGCGGCUACGGUGGUGGAUUUGGUGGUAGAGGUGGAUUCGGAGGUCGAGGUGGAUUCGGAGGUCGAGGUGGAUUCGGAGGUGGUUUCAUCGGCGGACGUUCCGGCGGCUAUGGAUAUGGCAAGUAAACGAGAGUCUUCACUUCAUCAACAUCCAAGAGGAAGAUCUUCGAACUUUUCCAGUCAUUAAACACAACGACAAAAUGAACUUGCUUAUGUAUAGUGCUUAUAUUAUGAACAAUAAAUAUUCUUGGCAGUG